CCUGUCUCAGCAGCUCUCUCUCCUGCGAGAUACCUGCUGUGUGCCCUCUGCCUCCACCAUCACCGAAACAUCUCUCUGCAGCACCUUCGUUCGUGGCCGAUGAGGUCCGAGGCCAUGGCUGCCACGCCCAGGACAUCGUUCAUGAACGACCACCACCACGAUGAUGCCGGACGAGAGGGACACGACUACUCUUCGCCCUCUUCCUCUGCCUUCAGCUGCGGCACGUCUGAAGGGUCACGCAUAUGGUGCAAUCGCACCGACACUAUGGGUGUCAUCAUGGCCACCAUGGCACUCACCGCGCUGGCGUACGGGGAGUUCGUGGUGCUGUGGGUGGUUUUUUUCACGGGCAAUUUCGUCAUAGCGAACGCUGUGAUCUACACGAUCCUAACCGUGAUGGCCGUGUGGUGCCACCUCAAGACGAUGCUUUCGGAACCGGGCGUAGUGCCGAGGGCGGCCUUGCCUCCAAGGGAGGAGAGCGAGGAAGGGGCGGCGGCGGCGAACCACACGCUGUGCGGGCGAUGCGAGUCGUACAAGCCCACCAGAGCCCAUCACUGCCGGCUCUGCGGCCGCUGCGUGGUGAGAAUGGACCACCAUUGCCCGUGGAUGAACAACUGCGUGGGGAUUGCAAACCAGAAGUACUUCAUCCUGUUCCUCUUCUACGUGCUAGCGAUCACGGGGUACGCGAUCGGCCUCGUACUGUACCACUUCGUGGAGUGCGUGGCGGAGGAGUACUGCGACGACUACAGCACCCUCACGGCGAACCUGAUCCGAGCGGUGCUGGUGAUUUCCGCCGCGGCCAUGGUCUUCACGCUCAGCAUGCUGCUGAACCAGUUCCACGGAGUCAUCACGGGUCUGGGCACGGUAGACAGGAUGCAGCGCAGGAGAAAAGAGGGGAGAAUCAGGGGGGGACCUGAGGACUUUCGCCCCUUGCGUUGGGCUGAUAUCUUCGGAGACGGGAACAAGCUCAUGUGGAUUUUCCCCACGGACCCGCACUUCCGUAAGCCCCAGAGAGAACGGAUCCUCGGCUUCCGGGAGCCUCCUGCUGCCCGAAGGCACGAUUACGAGGACGUUUGAAGUGCCGUGUUCGUACUGCUAAUACUGUAGAAGCAAAUGGGGCGGUGUUGCUGGGGGGCGGUUGUUAAUGAAUGAAUCAGUAGACCUGCGAAUGCUGCGCAGUGUGUCCGUUUUGUGUGUUGGUCUUGUGUGUGUGUGACAAGAUUUCUUUUUAAUUCUGCGUCUGACUCCGCGCCACCGGUUGACCAGUGAAAAGACACCAACCCUCAUUGCGGGAGGUUAAUUAAGGGCGCAGAAGAUAUACCAUGGUGAGUAGUUGUAUCUGGUGUGGUGCUGUUGGAGGCGCCCGCCUGCCGUUUUUGCUGUGUCAUACUUCGAAGUAUAAGGCUGCUUUCUGCUUCGGAUCUUGCUCUUCUUGCCCUCUUCUUUCGCUGUUCCAACGUGUGCAUGCUUGCGGACAGACAUCACCUCGCCCGGCGGUAUCUGUGUUCGGUAUUUUGGUUAACCUGUAGAUAUAGGUGAGCGUUCUUCUCGUUGCUUUGUCGGUUUCGGAGGAUGUUCUCUUAUUUACCAUUAACUUGGGGCAGUCAAGAGUGUUGGUUGGUAUCUUGGUCAUUUGUUUUUCGUGUGGGAGAGAUUGGUCGCCCUGAUGCUGCCAACCAAAUGAGCUGUUUUUUGGUCGUUGUGUUGUUGCUAUGUGGCAUUUGGCCGUUGUGGGCCGCCGGCCUAGGGUACGUUUACCAUACAGAGUUCCGCGAUUACACGAGUCCAUGCGGAAUAUGAUACCUAGGCAUAGUUUUGUGCGUUUUGUGUCAACAUCCCUCCAUUCGUUACCUGUUGUGUGAUUGCGGUAGUCAAGCGGAGAUGUGUAUCAAGGGUUGUGUGUCGAACAAGACGAGCUUGCUAAAUUAGAUAUGGUCACUGCGAUAGACACUUGACUACUACACAGUGGCGUUUAUGCGAUUGAGACCUGGGUAGGUAUAACAGUACGGGAUGACAUGCAAUAGUGGCACCCUAAAGCCACAGCUCGACGGUGGUGGACUUUGUCGUUGGUGUCGGAUGCUAUAGGGCACGAGGGGUUGCGGG